CAAACCCAUAAAAGACAGGGAAAGUAGUUCCCUAUCCCUAUUAUUUUUCUUACUUUUUCCAAAUUCUUUUUUUUUUUUUUUUUUGAAUGUGGGGUCUACAUACUUUAAUUAGUCUCAACUCUUUGAUCGUUGUUAUUACUAAAAACUCCAGCCCACACAUUAUAUAUACCCCCAUUUAUACUCUAUCACCUUUGUUUUCUAUAUGUUACGUCUACGAGAGAGAAGUAGAAGGGUCAGAGAAAGCUUGGAUUACUUUUUUUGAUCUGCAAAGUUGUUUAGUUCUUGGUUUCGAAGAGAACCCAUAGGAGUAUAUGAACCAUUGAGAAAAAGGGGUCGAGUUCGUUUUAAAAGAAGGAUUUGGAUUUGUGGCUUUUAUUAUCGUUUAAAAAUGGCUAUUCAAGCGCAUUUGUAUCAGGAGAAUCUUGGGUUUCCUCUGUUUGGUUCACAGGAUUUGAUGAUGAUGCCGGUUGCGGAUGUUGUUCAUAAUGGCUGUGGUGUUAAUAGUAACUUUGGUUUUAAUCAGUUUUGUUUCGAUAUUCCUCAAAAAAAUCAUCAACAACAAAUUAUGAUGCCUGAGUUGCAGAAUCUUCAACCGAGAAACGACACCGUUUGGUUCGAUCAUAACACUAAAAACAACACUAGUAAUAUGACUACUGCCACUCCCACUCCCACCCCUUCAACAAUGGCUUUCUCCCAUAGUGUAAUGGAUCAAGUUGAGAAGCAAAGACAAGAAAUCGAUCAUUAUAUGAAAUUUCAGAAUGAGAAACUGAGAUUAUUGCUUGAAGAGCAAAGAAAACAACAAUUUUUAACGUUAAUAAAGAAAGUUGAGCCUAAACUAUUGGGACUACUGAGAUAUAAGGACGAAGAACUACUUCAAGCAACGAAGAGAUCAAUGGAGCUUGAAGAUUUACUGAGAAAAUUAGAAGCUGAAAAUCAAAUAUGGCAGAGACUGGCUCAAGAGAACGAAGCCAUGGUUGUAUCAUUGAACAACUCACUAGAGGAAGCGAGAGAAAGAGCUAUGUGUUGUUUCAACAAUGGCGCCGAGGACGCCGAGUCUUGUUGUGACGUGGGCAUGGAUGAGGAAGAAGAAGAAAACAGACAAGUAGCAGAACGGGAGCAAAACGACGACGUAAUAGUAGUAACAGAGGAGAACAGAGAACACAAAACGACAAUGGUUUGCAAAGCCUGUAAUUCUCGAAGCUCGAGCGUUCUUUUCCUUCCUUGCAGGCACCUUUGUUCAUGUAAAAUUUGUGAACCCUUUCUCGAUUCUUGCCCAGUGUGUAGGACAACCAAGAAGGCUAGCAUAGAGGCUUUAAUUUUCUAGGCUACUUUCCCGGGAAAACAAGAAAGAAAAAUGUUAAAAAAAAAAAGCAUAGUUGAUUACCAUUAAGGAUAUGGAUUGCACAUAAUCUGAUAGCACUCUCUUUUCGAUGCAAGGAUUGGUCUUUUUAUGUUUAAAUUAAAAUAUUUUAUUUAUUUAUUUUGCUGUUUCUUUUUAGGGACUCUGAACAUGGAUUUGUUUUGUACCUUAAACAACCAAAAUUAAUAGCCAGAGUUAAAUAGUACAUAAAAACAGCAUCUUUACCUUUCAUAGAGCGCUGUUUACAGUUUCCCAUUA